GGGCGAUAUAUUUUGCCCAAGUCGCUUGUGAUUGGCCAUUACGAUCGUGAAAUUCCACGCCUCCCAUCAAAUAUCGGCGAUGAGUGCCGCAGCAUCUCUGCAUCAACUCUUGGUGCCAAAUGACAACCCAUCCAAGGCCAGUGAUCGAAAGCAUGAUGUCCUGCCAUUUGUGCCUCUCUUCACGAGGCUGCUUCAUGCACGAGAAUCCUCCGACGUGCCCACAGACUCGCGUCGAACGCUGAAGGAUCUACUGCAUGAUCAGCCGGAUGCGACACUUGGCAAAGAGUACGCCGUCGCUUUCCGUCAGAUCGCUUCCAUCGACACCAUUAUCCAAAAAGCAGGCUCAUUCGACCCAUCGGUGUUUCCCGACUCGGACGGCGACGACCACGUCGCGCUUCGCCGAAUCGAGUGGACUCUCGGUACCCUGUACGUGGCCCUGGAGUCUCGUCGGGAGGACAGCGCCCAUCGUCUACCGUGGAUCUGUGGCAUUGCCAACCAUAGUCAUGUGUUGGAGCUCCAAUGCAUCCUCCAUCACGCGCUUUCAAGCGACUGGAUCCCGUUGUCGCCACCGCUCGUGUCGCUACUCCUCGAGUCGUCCAUCGGUCGCACCCUGCUCGUAGGUCUAGUCCAGAACGAUCCGAGCGCCGCGUCUUCCAUUGUCGAGUUGAUUCUCUUGGCCAUGCGCAGACAAGUCGACGUCGAAACCCACAUGACGCUCGUCGCGAUCGCCGACGCGACCACGCCCCAUGCCGUUCGUCGGCAAUGCGUCGUCGCCGACUUUCCGUACGCCGCCGCCGUGGCCUUGGACAUCACAUGCCGCCUCCUUCACGACACCCCCGUCUUCUUGAAUGGCGUCAUGCAAGGCACAAAGCACGUCACAUUAUGGUCCGUCGUCACAGAAGCGCUGACCCAAGACCCCACGACUCCGUUCCGAAGGCACACGUCCGCCAUCCUCGGUCGCGUCCGACUGGAGCUACAGCAAGCGCUGGAAGCUUUCCUCGCCACAAAGCCAGUCGAUGUGGUGGCUGUGUUGAAGGCAUACUGCGGCCUCGUCGGGCGCGGGUCGCUGGCCGUAACCGACGUCGAAUGCUCGCUCCUGUUUCGCGUGAUCGGACAAGAAUGCCACCGCCGCCGUCAAGAUAGCGGCGGCGGGCGUUCCCACAGUCGCUUUGUGCAGGUGGCGUUUAUCACGAUCGUACUCGUGUGUUUGAGCACCCUGUCGCAGCCCGUGGACGCCGCCGCCACACAAGUGACAAAGGACGCGCGGCAUCUCAUUGGUCUGCUUUACACUCUCGACACGUCCAAGUCUGGGUCGCUGUUUUUGAUCACAGCGUUGCUCCUGUAUACUAAACCUGGAAUGGUGGUGGAUCUACUUCGAAUUGUAAUCGAUAGCCACGUGGUCGUACACUCGGACCGCGUCCCGCUGUUUGGAGAGUAUGUGCUCAAGCUGGAUUUCACAGAGCAUGUCUUGGUGCAUGGGCUGUUGGGCAUGACGGGAGACGCUGGAUAUAUCAAUGCGACGAUGGUCGCUCCGUCCAGAGAAUGGACUCUCCGUGUCGCAUAUUCGUUGCUGUGCGAACGGUCGUUUGUUCGGCACAAAGUGAACCCGAACGAGUGGCUGUUGCAGCAUCAAAUCCACAAGGCGUCUCUGCCGAUCCAUCCAAUGUUGCCGAAUAUGGUCAUGGAACUCGUGGAAAACCAUGUGACAGCGUUCGACAAGGCGACGCAGCAGUCGUCGAUACCCCCGCUUCGACCCGCGAUCAUCCUCCCCGUCCUCCUUGCCGUGCUCGACAUUCCCUAUCCAGAGCCGCCAUCACACGUCGAACAUUUACGUUCGAAGCUGUCCAAUUUAAGCUUGAAAUCGUCCAAUGUGUGGGCGACCGCGACGCUUUUGCUCGUGUAUGUGCUGCACUUUAACCGGCGCCACGUCACAGAUGCCGCGAGUCGCAAGUACGACUUGCACGCGCUUCCGAUCGCGCACAUUUACCGCACCGCGUCGAGAUAUUGCUCUGUUGGGGAUGCAUUUGAGUUUGUGUUUCCAGUGCUGUCGCGGCUCGUUCUCGACGAGUGUCCGUACGUGUUAUCGUCGCUUUCUGUCGUCACAUCCCAACCGUCGCCUGCCUCGCUAUCGAUAUUGCCGCCCACGCAUGCGUCCUUGGGCCGUACAUAUGGACAUUUGAAGAAGACACAGCAAACGAUCGAUAUGCCCGUGGUGGUGGAUCUCCUCUGUGACCUCGACUUGCUUCCGAUCGAUCAAGCCAUCCCGUGGCUCACAUGGUUGGUUGAGACGGUGCUGCCAGUGGCGAUGGGGUCGUCGCCGCCACUUCAGGAACCAUCGACGCUGUCCAUGUUCAAAGCCCCCAAAGACAAGCUGUUGGCGCGGCCGUCGACGGCACUAGCCUUUCCCGAAGUGUGUGGACUCAUCCAAGCGGUGUGGAGUCGGUCAGCAGAUAGACAUCCCACUCCCCACGCCUUGCAGUUGCAUCUUGUGCAUGCGCUCUGCCCCGACGGCGCGUAUUCGUUCCAGGACCUCGUCCAAGAACCGUUUUCGAUCUUGCGGUGUGAUCCUCGCGUAUGGCGGCAUGGGCCGUUGCUCCAGCUGCUCUUGUCGUUGCUCACAGCGUUCCGCGACGUAUCGAGCGUACAUUUGCGCCAACUUCACGCGGACGACGCGCUGCAUCCGUCGACGGUCGACGUCAACCAGUUCAUUCUCGUGCAAGAUGCCAUCAUCGUCCAUGCGUUGCUGAAUGUGAUCGCCCGUCUCGAUGCCGAAGAAGCGUACCCCCAAUGUGGGCAUAUUUAUCGCUGGCUCGACGCUACGUUUCGCCAAACUCCGUCGUUGCUGCUGGCCGUACAUUCUCAAGGAUAUGCCACGUCACUAGUCCGAUUGCUCGUGAAAGAACUGCCAGCCAUGUACGACCUCCUGCCGUCGAUCCCAGACCUCUUGAGUGCCAACGACUUGGCGCAGCUCUCGUUUCGAUGCCAUUUGGCGAGUGCGCUGUGUCGUGAGUACCCCGACGCAGUCUCCACCGCCGUGUUGAAGACUGUUGUGGCCAAAGUCAAACUUGUAUACGAUACGGACCGGGCCCAAACGGCCGACAAGUUUCUCAGCACCCAAGUGGUCGAGUUUCUCACGGCCGUGUUGCCUGCGCUGGGCGCGAUGGCGGUGGCGUUCUGCGACAUUGCCGAGGAAUGCGUCCAACUGCUCAUGAAACUACGCGUGCAAAUCAACCACCAAAUGACAGACACGCUCAACAACAACACCGCCGUGAGCCAGCUCGAAGGCACCGUCCAACGCGUAUUUGCCCAAAUCGUACGAUCUACGCACGAGUCCUAAAAUAUAUAUAUAUAUCAAACGACCACGACCGUCCUUCGUCAUUCUGUGGAUUGCCGAACAUGACAUGGGCAU